CCCAUUUUCUUUAAUUUGCCCGCACAAACCCAUAUAUCCCACCAUACAAAAGCGCAUAACAAGCGGCUCGCUGGCGGCACGACGUCGUCCACACCGCCGCCGCGCCGCCGCAUGGCAUGACUCAUCACUUCACCAACCCUGUGCAUGAUCCAGUGGGAAAUGAAAUCCACCUAUAAAUCUCGCGUCCCGCGAACCGACCCGGCCGGGACUCGGUACCAACCAACGCACCAGCCACAAGUGACAAGUCCAAUCACCAACAGGCCGCGUGCGGGCAGCGGCCGGCCACUGCACCAUGUCGUCCAGCAGGGAGGUGAUGGUGCUCAGCGACAGCGAGGUGCAGUCCGCCCCGCCAACGCCGCGACCACCGCAGCCGGUGUCGGCCCCGCCAUCGCAGAUACACAUACACUCCCCGUCGCCCGCCCGCUCGCCGCUCGCCAGCCCGGUCAGGAAGGCGGUGGCGGGCGUCAAGGGCUACCUGGAGGAGGAGGUGGGCGGCCACGUCACGCGGCUCGCGGACCCGCGCGACGCCUGGCUGCCCGUCACCGAGUCCAGGAGCGGCAACGCCUACUACGCCGCGUUCCACAGCCUCAGCUCCGGCAUCGGGUUCCAGGCGCUCGUGCUCCCCACGGCCUUCGCCUCCCUCGGAUGGACGUGGGCGAUCAUCUGCCUGACGCUGGCGUUCGGGUGGCAGCUCUACACGCUGUGGCUGCUCGUCAGGCUCCACGAGCCUGUCGCCGGCGCCACCCGCUACAGCCGCUACAUGCACCUCGCCACCACCGUCUUCGGCGACAGAUGGGCCAAUAUCCUGGCGCUGCUCCCGGUGACGUACCUGUCGGCGGGGAUCUGCACGGCGCUCAUCAUCGUCGGCGGCGGCAGCAUGAAGAUGCUGUUCGGCAUCGCAUGCGGCGGGUCGUGCCUGGCGCGGCCGCUCACCGCCGUGGAGUGGUACCUCGUCUUCGUGUGCGCGGCCGUGGUGCUGUCCCAGCUCCCCAACCUCAACUCCAUCGCCGGCGUGUCUCUGGUGGCCGCGGCCGCCGCCGUCGCGUACUGCACCAUGAUCUGGGCCGUGUCCGUGGCCAGGGGUAGGGUAGCCGGCGUCUCCUACGACCCCGUCCACAAGGCCCCCGACGACGACGUGGACGCCGCACUCGGCGUCCUGAAUGGCCUUGGCAUCAUUGCCUUCGCCUUCAGGGGCCACAAUGUGGUGCUGGAGAUCCAGGGCACGAUGCCGUCGACUCUGAAACACCCGUCUCAUGUGCCCAUGUGGAAGGGCGUUAAGGUAGCAUACGCCAUCAUUGCGCUCUGCCUGUACCCCAUCGCCAUCGGUGGCUUCUGGGCAUACGGCAACCAGAUACCUCCCAAUGGCAUCCUGAGCGCCCUGUACAAGUUCCACAGCCGCGACGCGUCCAGGCUUGUGCUGGGGGUCACCACGCUGCUGGUCAUCAUCAACUGCCUGACCACGUACCAGAUCUACGCCAUGCCGGUGUACGACAACAUGGAGGCCGGGUACGUGCACAAGAAGAACCGGCCGUGCCCGUGGUGGAUGCGCUCGGGCUUCCGCGCCUUCUUCGGCGCGGUCAACCUCCUCGUCGCCGUCGCGCUGCCGUUCCUGUCGGAGCUCGCCGGCCUCUUCGGAGGGAUCUCGCUGCCGGUCACCCUGGCCUACCCGUGCUUCAUGUGGGUGGCGAUCAAGAAGCCGCGGAAGGGCACCGCCACGUGGAACGUCAACUGGGCGCUGGGAAUCCUUGGCAUGAGCAUAAGCCUUGUCCUCAUAGUCGGGAACCUGUGGGGUCUCGUGGAGAAAGGCAUGCGGGUCAAGUUCUUCAAGCCUGCCGAUUUCCAGUGAUAAAAAGAUGCAGAUUUGUCACUCAGUUGGAUUCGUAAUCGUAAUGCAAUGCUUUUAGAUAUGUUGAUUUCUUCCUCAGGAAUGUAUAAUGUUAUGUACAUAUUAGCAAUUUGCAAGAAGCAACGUCGACUGACACUCGUGGUCGUGCCUUGUGA